AUGGACAAAAGCACUGCUAGAUCUAAGUUUUUGGAUGUUUUCCCUGAGCUCGUUAGCGAUCUCGAGACGGUCACUAAGGAAUAUGGUAUGCCUCAGGACGCCAUUGAAUGGUUCAAACGCAAUCUGAAUUACAAUACCCCCGGUGGGAAAUUGAACAGAGGUCUGUCUGUCGUCGACACCUACGCCCUUUUAAAAGGGUAUAAGUCCUUUGACGACUUCGAGCCCGAGGAAUACAAGAAAACUGCCAUUUUGGGGUGGGCUGUUGAGCUGUUGCAAGCAUAUUUCCUUGUCGCUGACGACAUGAUGGAUAAGUCCAUCACUAGAAGAGGUCAGCCCUGCUGGUACAGAGUGGAUGGGGUUAAUGAAAUUGCUAUUAACGAUUCAUUUAUGCUCGAGGCUGCCAUCUACGUUUUGCUGAAGAAAUACUUCAGAAAAGACUCAUACUAUGUUGAUCUGCUCGAGCUGUUUCACGAGGUCACGUUCCAGACAGAGCUGGGCCAGCUCUUGGAUCUUUUGACCGCACCAGAAGACCAUGUGGACCUGUCAAAGUUCUCUUUGAGCAAACACUCCUUCAUCGUCACUUUCAAGACUGCAUACUAUUCAUUUUACUUGCCUGUUGCUCUUGCGAUGUACAUGGCCGGUGUUUCGGACGAGAAAGAUCUCAAGCAAGCCCAGGACGUCUUAAUUCCUCUUGGCGAGUACUUCCAGAUCCAAGACGACUACCUGGAUUGUUUUGGUAAGCCAGAGGACAUUGGAAAGAUCGGCACUGAUAUCCUGGACAACAAAUGUUCGUGGGUGAUCAACACCGCCCUCAAAAUUUGUACUCCAGAACAAAGAGCUAUUUUGGACGAGAACUAUGGCCGUAAGGAUUCGGCCAAGGAGGCCAAGUGCAAGCAAAUUUUCAAAGAUCUCAAGAUUGACCAGCUAUAUCUCGAAUACGAGGAAAAGGUUGCCACUGAGCUGCGCUCCAAAAUUGCCAACGUGGACGAGUCUAGAGGUUUCAAGGGUGAGGUCCUAACCUCAUUCUUGAACAAAAUCUACAAGAGACAAAAAUAG